AUGAUUUCUGGAGUGGUUGUGAUCCUCAUUGCUUGGUGUGUGCAUGUGAGAGACCCAGUAUUUGUGGCUAAUUUUAAUCCUCUAUCGCUUCUGCUCACAGCCAUUAUGGAGUCUUUGCUACUAGAAGAAAAGCUGCACAUAGGAAGCAUAUUAGGAGCAGGAUUAAUUGUGUGUGGACUAUACAUGGUGCUUUGGGGUAAGGGCAAGGAGAUGAAUGAACAAGCUAAAUUAGUGCCAACACCAAGUUCCACUAAAUUUGACACAGUUGUGGUAGUCACUGAAGAUGACAAAGACAUCUCAAAGGAUAAUCCAUUGCCAAAAGAACAGCAUGGCCAAAAUGAGUUCAAAACAGAAAGUAAAACACAGAAUAAUAUACAAACUUAA